AUGUUUCAGGCCAACACCGCGGCACCACCCUCUCCAGCAGCACAGGAGAUGGCACAGCCCGCAGGGCCGUCCAACCCCUCGCCGACCACCGUGGCCCCUCAGCAAACAGGUAGCAGGAAGCAGAAAGCCCCCCAGGCAGAGGAGGGCGCUGGGAGCUCUUCGUCGCCAGGACCCUCAGCGGCGAUAGCAGCAGCCAAAGCAGGCCAAGCGAAGGUGUCGGUGUCUCUGCAGCUGGUCAAGAGGCCUCAGAGGCCCGUGGCUCGCCAUUCCUUGGUGCACUACCUGAAGGGUCGGGCGCUGGGGUACCAGGGCCACCCAAGGCUGGCGGGCUUCGAGGCCGACCUGGGCAGCUACAGGGUCCUCAGGCUGCCAGAGCUGCUGAGGGAACGCCAGCUGUCGCUCGGCCCCCUCAACAAGGUGUUUGCAUCGCAGUGGCUAAAUGCCAGGCAGGUGGUGUGUGGCACCAAGUGCAACACGCUUUUUGUGGUCGAUGUCAAGACCAACCACAUCAUGCACAUUCCUCUGAUGCGUGACAGGGUGCCCGACCUCUCCCGUGGCUCGCCCUCCUGUGGCAUUCAUGCUGUGGAGCUGAAUCCCUCCAAGACCCUCAUGGCCACUGGAGGGGAAAACCCCAACAGCCUGGCCAUCUACCAGCUGCCCACGCUGGAUCCCGUGUGCCUAGGAGAUUGCCAAGGCCACAGGGACUGGAUCUUUGCCAUCGCCUGGAUGAGUGACACUGUGGCUGUGAGUGGUUCCCGCGAUGGCACCGUGGCACUCUGGCGGGUGGAUCCCGACAUGUUCAAUGGCAGCAUUGCUGGGCACAAGGAUGCGGGCCUUCCAGUGUACGCUCACAUCCGUCCUACAGAUAUGGAGGCCAUCCCUAAACCCACUACCAAUCCUGGUAACCGCAAAGUUCGAGCCCUUGCAUACAGCAACAAAAACCAGGAGCUGGGAGCCUUGUCUCUGGAUGGCUACUUCCAACUGUGGAAAGCCCGAAGCUCCCUGUCCAGGCUGCUGUCCCUAAGGCUGCCCUACUGCAGGGAGAGCGUUUGUCUCACCUACUGUGAUGAGUUGUCCCUCUAUGCUGUCGGAUCCCAGUCUCACGUUUCAUUCCUGGAUUUUUGCCAAGGCCUGCAGAACAUCCGGCCACUCUGCUCCCGAGAGGGAGGCACUGGUGUGCGUUCCCUGAGUGUCCACCAGCAUAUUGUCACCGUGGGAACAGGCCAUGGUUCUCUGCUCUUCUAUGACAUCCGUGCCCAGAAGUUCCUUGAGGAAAGAUCUGUAGCCAGUCCAGACAUGUUUCCUGGGCCCUCUGGAAGGAAACUCAAGCUCACCUGUGGCAGGGGCUGGAUCAACCAGAAUGAUUUCUUAGAGAAUUUCGUUGCUGGUGUAGAGGAAUUUCCCAACUCACUCUACACUCACUGCUACAACUGGCCAGAGAUGAAGCUCUUCGUGGGUGGGGGCCCACUGUCCUCAGGCCUCCGUGGCAACUAUGCAGGCCUCUGGAGCUAAGGUGGAGCUGGCCCUGAUUACCCAGUGUAUUUCUUAGCAGAAAGAGAGGAGAAGACGGAUGGAGCUGACAGAAGUCGCUUUGAGAAAUUUUCUGCAUCUCUCCACCAUUCUUUGAACUGUUCAUACAGAUACUUUCCACUAAUUCUUAGCUGUGUUGUCUUUGAGUGAGUGAUCCAUAUAGUCUAUAUGUGGAAGAAAACCCCUGUUAUAAUGUUAGACUUGUGUAUGUGUUGUGUUAUUUUACUAGUAGCUGUUUUAAAGACACUCCUUUUAGUUUUCAUCAUGUAUGUGUGAUACAUUAAAAAGAUUUUCUAAUAAUCAGAGUUUAGACAUCUCUUCUGGAGCGCUAACCAUAGUUUUAUGGCAUUGAUCCAAUUA